GAGUCAGUUGAAUCUGUUUCCUGCCUCCAAAGCACCAGACCAACACCCCUUUUACCGUUUCCUGUUUCAAUCUAUAGCACAGCCUUUGUUCUGAAGAUCAUCAUAUCUGUUUUAAUGGUGAAAGAAGUGAUUUUUCUUCAGAUCUGUGGUGAUAAAUAAUCCUUUAAAGGUUUGGAGGUUGUGACAGUGGAGCAUGGAUCACCUUCUUCUUCUCCUGAUGCUAGCUGGAGUAUCACAUGGUAAAGUCCUCUUCAUUCAAAACAUUUUUUUUAUAACAGUGAUAAAAAAAAAUCAUAACUGUUAAAAAGCAUUAUGGCUGAAUUAUUAGCUGAUAUCAUUUGCCUGCUUUAGCUCUCUUUCCAGCUGCACAGACAAGCUGCAAUGCCACAGGCAACACUUCUCAUUGUACCUCCACACGCGGAGGAUCUGUGUACAUCCAGGUGAUGACCAACGCCAGCAGACAUCUGCUGCUGUGUACGAAACAGCUUCCCACUGGAGCCAUAGACGUGUUCACUCUGAGAAAGGAAAAGGUGACCAUACAGGGGCCAUUUAAAAACAGGACAGAGUUUUUCAUCAAUAAUGGGACGCUGAAGAUCACAAACGUGGAGAAAAGUGAUGCCGGCCAGUACAAAAUAGAGAUCUUUGAUCAAAGUGGAUUCCAUCUGAGAAAUAUUGAAAUUCAGCUGGAUGUUCAAGGCAAGUUUUGUAACUUUUUACCUGGUAAUAGUGAUACUGAAGUACAAUGCACUAAUGUGGUUGAACAGAGGAUUGAAGGUGAAAGUAGCAGUGGUGAGGUCACAAACAUGUGCUUAUGUUUCUCUAGCUUUUGCAGUUUUGCUUUCAAAAAACUACAACAUCCAAAAUAUAAUCUGCAGAUAUUCUUCAGAAUUUUCCGAAGCCACUUGCAUAUGGUCACUUACUUUUAAACAUUGACCAACUAGACUGUAAGAGAAACCUGAAAUGAAAAAAGGUGCUGUUACAGAGAGGUUAUGAGUACUGAAUACUUACAGGAAUUGAGACUUUCAGUGUUUGUCAUAUGGUAGCUUUUCUUCUUUUUUGUGGCUGACUUACAUUUUGGUCAGAAAACCUCUCACUUGAAGCUUCUGUGUCAUGGAGGAAUGAGGCCAAAGAUGAUGUCACUUUCUGGUUAUUUAACUGAUUGAUGUACAAAAUGUGACCAAAUAAUGGGAUCAAUUUGAAACUUCCCUAUAAGGUCACAUCACUGUGAACACAUCAGAAACACAGAAUAUAUUCCUGCAAAUAUCCCUCCCUCUGGUGGUGAACUGCAUUAUAAUUCCUUUUACCAUUGAGCUGCCAGCCACAGGAGGAGUAUUUCUUUAUUUUCAGCAACAACUGGUACAAUCUUUAGCUUUUCAUUUUGUUGAAAGUUGAAGUCUUUUUACCGUGUGUAACUGUCUCUAUGAUCUCCUUUUUCCAGAUAACAUUUUGCCCAUCCUCAUCAUAGUUUGUUCUGCAGCUGGUUUGCUACUCAUUCUGGUGAUACUUUGCUGUGUGCAGUGGCGGUUCUAGACCAAAUUACUCCCCGGGCGAGCCCCCCCCCCCCCCCCACACACACACACACACACACACACACACACAAACACAAAAAGAGAUAGAAUUUUGAACAGAUAGUUUUGUAUUACUAUGUAGUAUCAUUAUUAUUAUUAUAACAACAAAAAUAAUAUAUUUCUCAAUUGCAGAAAUCCUUCAAUAGAAAAAAACACAAUCCUGAGGGCCAUUUUGAGAAGGGCCCCCAGAUCCUGAGGUUUUUUGACGUGUUAAGGUUUACAAAAAAGCUGCUAUCUCGGCCUCUGUAGUAGAUAGAAACAAAAUUCAAAAAGUAUUUGAGAGCUUAAGCAUGUGGCUGUCAAGAAAGCUCUCUUUUAGUUUUGCAAACCUUCAUCACAUUUUUGAAAACCUUGAACAAACAAGCUCAAAUGAAAUAAAGUGGCUGUGUAAAUAAAAGUAAAGGCUCUGCACUGGAGAAUGACAAAUAAUUUGCUUUCUGUAAAACAAGUGGCAGUCAUGAUAAAGUGUCCAUUCAAUACAAAUGUAAAUAUAGAAAAUAAGGUGUUGAAAGGGUAAACAGCUGCCCCAGUAUAGUGCCAGUACAAAAGCAGAACUAAAAACUAAAAAAUGAAUAAAUAAAUACGUGGCUGACAGUGUGUUCAUCUCUGUUCUCACCCAAAGUCAUGCAACACCCAGAGAAAACGCUGAUAGUGUGAGCAAAAGCACUCCAUAUGAAGAGGUUGUUCACACUGCUGGAUGUUUCUCCUCUGAACUGCUCUCUGCCUCCGUCAUUGUUUACUUUACUCAUGAAGCUCAUCAAGCACGUAGCAAGAUCCGAGCAUGAACCCGAGCUCUUUAUUCGCCUAUCAAAGGCAGACGGGUACGGUGAUUUCAUUCACCGCGACUCCAGAAAUGAUUAAAAAACUACAAAAUGACGUAUCCGCGCUCCCGCAGAUAUGCUGACAUGCGUACACAGAGCAGAGCUGUCCCCCCGCGACUCUCUCCCCGCCUCAUCUCACACAGUCCGUCAGCCUCUGUGCAGCACCUUCGGAGCAAGCAGGGGCGCCUACAGCAGCGGGGGGCGCCAAUUUGACAACAAGAGUUAAUACAAAACCGCUUUGCGGUUAAGAUUUAUUAUUAUUAUCUUUUAUUUUAUUUUUUUGGAAGUGCUCGUGCCGCCCCCCAUGAGUCAUGACACAAAUGCCGCCCCGGGCGGCUGCCCUGUUCGCCCGUGCCUAGAACCGCUACUGGCUGUGUGUGUCCGGGAACUUGUUGCAAAAGGAAAGCGGGUAAAAAGGUGACUAUAUAAUGGCAACAUCUGUUAAUGCUAUAAUAUUCUGGUGGGAAAUUGAAAACCGAAAAUGUUUAUCCUGCUUUUUCUGUAAAAUAACGUAGCUUUUUUUUGUCUCUUUGUGCAGGAUCGGGGGAAUAUCUAAGAGCAAACUCCUCAGAUGAACAUGAAUAACACAGUAGCUUGUAAACUGAUGGUCACAGAGCCGCUGAUCAAGGAAACCAGUGGUGAACAGGACUUGACUGAUACCUAAUUUGGGAGCGGAAAUGUCUGAUUGUAUCUCACAUCAGAGUCGUGAUGCACUUCAUGUCAGUCUAAAUUUAUCACAAAGGCAGCCACUCUUCAGGUUUAGUUUUGACUUCAUGAUAUUCAGUUUUAAUCUGUUAUGUUGUCUCUUUGAUACUUUACAGGUUGAAUGUUGGUGAGUGUUGAUCUUGGAAACAAAAAUAGCAGUAUACAUAAAAGUCUUACAAUAACAGUAUUUAAUUUUGCAUUGUGGCUGGGCUGUUGAUAUUGUGUGAAAGAAAAGUUCAAGUUAGAAAUUGAGUUGCACUUUUAUUAACAGUAAACGUAAACUGUAUAAUACUGAGAUGUCGUCUUAGAGAUGUCACUUGCUAAUUUUUGGUCAGAGGAAAAGAAGAAAAAAGAGGAAAACUAAUGGGUCAGUCUGUCUGUCUGUCAAAUCAGCUGUGCCUCUAAUUUGCCUUACUCCUAAACUUAUUGUUUUGAAACAAAUGCAUUAUUUUAAAAAUUCACUUAAUGUGCAAAAAGCGCUGUAGCACCACUAACUGUCUCUGCAAGUUGUAACCUUGCCCCUCUGGUUUGAGAUUGGAAUAAAAAAAGAUUAAACCCACUCAACCAAGAA